CUAGUACCUUGCCGUACGGUACUUUAGCCGUGGCGUGGAAACAAUUCAGUUCAUUUUCCCCUUCGCGCAUGGCGAUGCCAAUUUGUAGUUGGGAGCCAUUUCAAACCGUCCACAAUAAUUUCUCCUCACAAAACUUCGAUUGAAAUCAUCCUUGAUGUUUUUGUAGUUUGACCAUGACGACGGUCUUCCCCAACUUUCCCUAUUCGCUCGAAGAUGCACCCACCGAGGAUUGGACGGUGGAAGAAGUUCUGCAAUACUGCUUGUUGCAAGCGCACAAGGAGACCGAAACAAAGUAUCAACACAUUGAAACAUCGCUCAAUCAACAGCUAGAGAAAGGAAAAGAAGGCAUUUGGCAGUGUCAUAAGAAAGUGCUAGAGGCUGGCAAGAGCAACAGCCCAGUCAACCCCUCUUCGGGCAAUACUCCAGCCGGCACAAAAAAGCCAGACCCCAAGCCGCAGAAAAAGACGGCGACGCCCACGACAGUCGAAAUAGUUAUUGUUGGAGGCCAUUAUGCUGGAAACACGCACAAGCUAGUGCCCAAAGUGAGGCAUCCUUGUUGGGUUGGCCGUUCUCAAGGAAAGAAAUUCAAGGAUCGGGGCAUCAGCUUGGCAAAAGACCUGGAAAUAUCCACCACACAUGGGAAAUUUGAAUUGAAGCAGGGAACCUUGUGCUACACAGACACUGGAUCCACCAAUGGAUCCAAGUUUCGAGGUGAAGACCUAGAAGCUGACAAACCCCUUCCUCUAGAAACUGGCAUGGAAUUGACGCUCGGACAAUCUGUCCUGAGAAUCACUCUCUCUUGAACAAACACAACAAUCUGCAUCAAUCACAGCAUCACAACAUUCGCAGAGUAGUCUAGCACUAGUUGAUUUUAUGGUGGGGUCCAACCAGGUGUCACGACAACCUACCUGCUGACAAGAAUGGAGCCGCCGACAAACACUGGCCACACACAGACGACAGUUUUUCUAACUAAACUAUUAGCGAGACACUAUUUUUCUUUU